AUCUUCGUUUUUCUUCUGUUAUUCAUCAAUGGACACUCUUUUGGAAUUGGUGUCUCUCCACAUAACUUCUACAAGGGGGAAAUUAUGGAGGUAAAAGCAAGCAAAUUGGCUUCUACAAAAACUAACGUCGCUAAUUCUUACUACUCUGUUCCGUAUUGUCGCCCUUAUAAAAUAGUCGAAACCGCCCAGAAUCUCGGCGACAUUCUAAGUGGCGGUGGCAUACAAAAUACCCUUUAUAAGUUUCGAAUGAGAGCUACGACCGUGUGCAACUUCGUUUGUCGCAUAACACUAAACGAGAAAACCGCUAAAGAAUUCAAGCAGAAGAUCGAUGACGAAUAUCGAGUCAACAUGAUAUUGGACGAUUUACCUUUGGUAACAAAGACGAACCAUGACUCCCCGCACCUAUAUCAGCUCGGAUAUCUUGUUGGUCACAAAACCACGAACGAGAAGUAUUAUAUCAACAACCACUUAUCGUUCAUAGUUAGCUUCCACCAAAAUCUAGAAACACACUCUGCCAGAGUUGUUGGGUUUGAAGUUAAAGCCUUCAGUAUCAAUCAUGAAUUUGCCGAUCAAUGGAGUUACACAAACCGUUUGAGCACUUGUGACCCACAUGCAAAACGUUUGGUCACAGGCUUUGAUCCUCCACAAGAAGUUGAUGACCAGGAGGAAGUCAUCUUCACUUAUGAUGUCGAGUUCCGGGAGAGUGAUGUUCAAUGGGCAUCAAGAUGGGAUACUUAUCUUCUUACAGCUGAUGAUCAAAUUCACUGGUUUUCAAUCGUUAACUCGCUUAUGAUUGUUCUUUCUAUAUCCGGUAUGGUGGCUAUGAUCAUGUUAAGAACACUACACCGCGACAUUUUCGAAUAUGACCAGUUAGACAACCUGGAAGAGGCCCAAGAACAAACAGGCUGGAAACUUGUUCACACAGACAUUUUUCGACCUCCGGUUAACUCCGAAUCACUUAGUGUUUUGAUUGGAACCGGUGUACAGUUAUUUGGUACAAUCUUAAUCACCAUCAAUUUCAUGGUCUCCGGGAUUCUCUCUCCUUCAAAUUUACUAAACGAGUUCAUUUUCGUCAUCGUUGUCGUUUGGGCUCUGAUGGGAAUCUUUGGCGGGUGGACCAUGGCCCGUCUUCUUUAUAAAACAUUCGAAGAGUCCGAAUGGAACAUGAAAGCCUCCUUAACAACCGCAUUCAUGUUCCCGGGAACUGUUUUUUGCAUAUUUUAUGUACUAUAUUCUCUAACCUCUGGUGGAGAGUCAUGGCGACCCGUAUUGUAUGAUUGCAUGUUUGGUUUUCUGUUUCUAUGGUUGGCGAUUUCCGCACCCCUCGUUUUUAUGGGGAGUUACAUUUGUUUCACUUUCAUUGCACCCGAAACGAGAGAAUCGGUAAAAACCAGCAAAAUCCCAAGGGAAAUCCCGGAACAAAGUUGGUACAUGAGCCCUAUUUUCACGAUCAUGGUUGGUGGAAUAAUACCAUUUGUUGUGGUAUUCGAGCUUUCUUCCAUGCUCACUUCAAUCGAUUUACAUCAUUUCUGCUACAUGUUCGGUUUGGUCUUCGUCAUUUUGAUCGUAACAUGUGCUGAGGUUACAAUCGUGUUAUGUUAUUUCCAGCUUUGUCGUGAAGAUUACCGAUGGUGGUGGCGAUCAUAUCUAACAGCAGGUUCUUCAGCCUUUUAUGUCUUCAUAUAUGCUACAUUCUACUUCUUCACAGAACCGAACAUCACAGAACUUGUUCCGGGUGUAUUCUAUUUCGGGUAUCUGCUGAUUGCAUCUUCCGCGCUUUUCAUGUUGACCGGUACUAUCGGUUUCUAUGCAUGUUUGUGGUUCAUCAGGCGUAUUUACGCUUCACUGGCGAUUGUUUAGGCCUACAACGCGAGUCUGUUUCGAUUUGAAGUUUGCUCAUAAAUGUUUGAUUCUGGUGUGCUGUAAAACUGAUCAUAUUGUUAAUGUUCUGUCUUAAAUUUUACACCGAAAAUACAUAUUUCAAAUAAGAUUGUGUA